AUGGAAUUCUGCAAGUACUUCUCUGAUAAAAGAAAGUCACAAAAGUUCCAAGGAUAUGAAGUUGCAAAAUGAUUUUCCUGGCAAAUCACUGCCACUGAGUCAAAAUCAAUUACCAUCCACAAAAUCUGAAAAGAUUCCAACCAUAAAAGGUGAAGCUGUAGUUGGAAUCGGGCCCAUCAUUGACUAUAAGGUUGGAAUUCAAUUAGAAAAACCAGUCCCCCAGAAGGAGUGUUCCAAGGAUGUGAAAUUGCAAAGUGAUUUUCCUGGCAAAUUACUGCCACUGAGUCAAAAUAAAUUACCAUCCACAAAAUUUGAAAAGAUUCCAACCAUAAAAGGUGAAGCUGUAGUUGGAAUCGGGCCUGUCAUUGACUAUAAAGUUGGAGUUCAAUUAGAAAAACCAGUCUCCCAGAAGGAGUGUUCCACGGAUGUGAAGUUGCAAAGUGAUUUUCCUGGCAAAUCACUGCCACUGAGUCAAAAUAAAUUACCAUCCACAAAAGUUGAAAAGAUUCCUUCCAUAAAAGGUGAAGCUGUACUUGGAAUCGGGCCCAUCAUUAACUAUAAGGUUGGAAUUCAAUUAGAAAAACCAGUCCCCCAGAAAGAGUGUUCAAAGGAUAUGAAGUUGCAAAAUGAUUUUCCUGGCAAAUCACUGCCACUGAGUCAAAAUCAAUUACCAUCCACAAAAUCUGAAAAGAUUCCAACCAUAAAAGGUGAAGCUGUAGUUGGAAUUGGGCCCAUCAUUGACUACAAGGUUGGAAUUCAAUUAGAAAAACCAGUCCCCCAGAAGGAGUGUUCCAAGGAUGUGAAGUUGCAAAGUGAUUUUCCUGGCAAAUCACUGCCACUGAGUCAAAAUCAAUUACCAUCCACAAAAGUUGAAAAGAUUCCUUCCAUAAAAGAUGAAGCUGUACUUGGAAUUGGGCCUGUCACUGACUAUAAGGUUGGAAUCCAAUUAGAAAAACUAGUCCCCCAGAAGGAAUGUUCCAAGGGUAUAAAAUUGCAAAGUAAUUAUCCUGGCAAAUCACUGCCACUGAGUCAAAAUCAAUUAGCAUCCACAAGAUUUGGAAAGAUUCCCCCCAAAGAAGGUGAAGCUGUAGUUGGAACUGAGCCUAUCAUUGACCGUAAGAUUGGAAUUCAGUUAGAAAAAUCUGUCCCCCAGAAGGAAUGUUCCAAGGAUAUGAAGUUGCAAAGUGAUUCUCCUGGCAAAUCACUGCCACUAAGUCAAAAUCAGUCACCAUCUCCAAAAUCUGGAAAUAUUCCAUCCCAAGAAUAUGAAGUUGCUGCAGCUGGAAGUGAGCCUGUCAUUGACUCUAAGGAGGGAGAUAAUUUAGAAAAACCAGUCCCCCAGAAGCAGUGUGAACCAUUUCUAGACAAAGAGGAACAGAAAGAAGUAAAGAAAGGUGGAAGAGAAAAGGCAAAAGCAUCAACAGAAUAAAAUGGAAACAUUGGAGAGAAAAGAUGGUGAGAAAACUGAAAACAAAAGCGCUGGCAAAGCAACAAAUGAGCAAUAUUCAGUGGAGAGCCACCAGCAUGGUAAAGAUGAGGAAAAUAAAAUUCCUGGGGAAGAAAUACCAAUAAUGAGUAUUUCUUCUGAGGAAAAGUUAGUACCUGUGCACCACAUUUUAAAGGGCAAUUGGAGAGAGGAAUUAAUGGAAAAGCACCGGAGAAAUUACUAUUCUUUGGAAAAGUUUGAAGAAAAGGAAAUCAAAAUA